GAUUGGUUAGCAAGCUAUAGCUAAUUAGAAUAGUUAAGCAAGGAUGUCUCUUUCAAAGGCUUUGAGCAGGGUGAAGCCAUACUUGGCUAUGAUUUUGUUACAAGUGGGCUUUGCCGGGAUGUAUAUCAUCUCCUUAGCAUCUCUCAAGCAUGGUAUGAAUCAUUAUGUGCUCGUCGUCUACCGCAAUAUCAUCGCCGCGGCUGUGAUAGCUCCGUUUGCCUUGUGGUUUGAGCGGACCACAAGACCCAAGAUGACAUUUCGAGUACUUCUCAAGAUACUCGCAAUGGGACUAUUAGAGCCAGUGCUAGAUCAAAACUUGUAUUACAUGGGAGCGAAUGCCACCUCAGCCGGUUUCGCUUCGGCAAUGUUCAACAUCCUCCCUGCAAUAACUUUCAUACUCGCCAUCAUUCUUAGGAUUGAGAAGGUGAAAAUGAAAAGUGCAACUAGCCAAGCAAAGCUGGUAGGAACAGUGAUCACGGUAGUUGGUGCCUUAGUAAUGAUUCUUUACAUGGGUCCAACAGUGAAGCUCCCAUGGACCAAGUCAAGUGUCCACCGUAGCACCAGUGCAAACCAAAAUGGUGGUAGCUGGCUUAUAGGCACUUUCUUGUUGUUAGGAAGCUGUGUAUGUUGGUCUGGCUUCUUUAUUGUGCAGUCUAACACAUUGGAAACAUACACUGCUGAGCUUUCUUUAACUACACUGAUAUGCUUGUUUGGUGCCAUGGAAAGCUCUGUUGUAGCUCUAGUCAUGGCAAGAGGUACCAAGCCUUGGUCCAUUGGUUUUGACACAAGGCUCUUCACUGCUGCCUACUCCGGAAUUGUGUGCUCAGGGAUUGCUUAUUAUGUGCAAGGAAUAGUAAUGAAAGAGAGGGGUCCUGUGUUUGUCACUGCUUUUAACCCUAUGUGCAUGAUCAUUACUGCUAUAUUGGGAACUAUCAUUUUAGCCGAAGAGAUCACCUUAGGAAGGGUUAUUGGUGCAAUUAUCAUAGUUAUAGGUCUUUAUGCUCUUUUAUGGGGCAAGAGCAAAGAUCAUGCAUCAAAGGCCAACGAGAUAAAUGAUGAGAAAGGAGGGUUGGUUCAGUUACCAAUUACAACAUCAAGUAAUGUUGGGAAGCUCUAAUUUUCCAUCAAAUAUAAUUUUUAUUUAAUGGAGAAUUAUGAAGUGGAGAUGCUGUGAGAGUAUUAAUUAGAUACGUGUAUGUCUUUUGGACUCUAGAGGAUUCUUAAUGUUUCCACUUAGUCCUCUUUAAUUAAGUAUAGUUUGAUAAUUUGUUAUGAGCAAUCGAAAGAUGUGAUGAGAUAGACAUUCGCAAUCAACUCAUAAAUAAAUUACUAAAAUU